AUAGUAAUUCACUGAUCACCAAACUUAACUAGUAAGAUACUAACGAGGAGUCAGAUUCCUAUUUCGAGAUUAAAAGAAGAAAUACCGAGUGGGGGACACUGAAUAGCAUCUUGAUCUUUUGACUAGCCCAAUUCAUCAUGGUAAGAAACAGGGGAAGUAUGGGUAUGGUCAAAGUUGGUCCAGCGGGAGAACUGGGAGAAUCAGGAACCCGUUGGGAUGAAAAGGGACGAGGAGAAGUAGCACAGAUUUUUGUUUCCUACAAUCAUAACACUAUUUGUACACUGCAGUUCCUUUUCUUUGAUGAGAAUGGCAAAUCAAUGUUGUCAAAGAGGCAUGGUGUUGAUGGUGGUGUAAACUUCAAUUCAGCUCUUUUUGAUUAUCCAUCAGAGUUUCUUACUUCCAUCAGUGGUUCAAUCCGAGCAUUGAGGAAUGGAGAUAGUAUUUUGAGCUCAAUAACAUUUGGAACCAACAAGGGUUCCUAUGGACCAUUUGGCACAAUUUUAGCUGAUGCCAUAGACUUCAACUUUCAGAUAGGAAAUUAUCCUUCUUUUGGUGGUUUUCAUGGCAGUACAAAUAAUAGUCAUGGCAUUGAGAGUAUUGGAGUCUAUAUGAAGCCCAUCACAAUCUCCAUACCCAAUUCUAAAGAUUCUCCAUUUAAGGUGAUCGCAGGUGGAGUAGCAGAAGCAGCCCCAGCUGAGGAGAAGAAUGAAGAGAACGAAGAGAGUGAUGAAAAUAUAGAAUCAUUUCUCUUUGACUAGAUUGGCAUUACAUUAGUAGUUCAUUUUUGUGUUUCUGCAUUAUCUUUUGUUAGUGUCACUUUGUUGGCGUAAAGUUUUGAGAGCAUCUGUUUAUUUAUCAGUUGCGGUGUAACGAUCUAGCUCAACAUUUUGUUC